AUGAGUAAUUGUCUGUUCUUGGGCUCUUCACGCCUGGCAUGUUCGUUACUGCGAACUCAUGCUUCUCGCAAGCUGCCUUCUACUUUGCGGAUUCACUCAUCUGCUGUGGAUUUUAAAGUGAGAAGGUCGGAAAAAAUCAAAAAGAAGUCGUCGUCCGUUAUUCAUUCUGCUGCAGUAGCUGCCGAGAACACAUUUGUGCAAGGCGCCUUGAAAGAGAUGAAAGAUGUAACUUGUGCUAAUAGUGCCUCAAGACGGAAAAAGUGUAAAAGUCUUGUUCAGGUUGACCUUCGCGUGUACGAAGAUCUGAUGGUGAAAUUGGAGAAAGGAGACGAGCACAAAAUGAGUCAUCUUGGACGAGUAUCAUUGAAGAGUCCUACUAUGGUUAUGAUCAACUUCGCGGAUAAUCCAUCAGCCAUCAAGUGGGCAAAAUUAGCGAUACAGAAGUCAUAUCUCAACGUAACACCUCAACAUGAAGGAGUUGUGCUGUAUUUGCCCGUACCUAGGAUGACACGAGAACGAAGAGAGCAGCUUGCACAUGAUGCCAAGGGCAAGAUCUUCAAUGAAUACAAAAAAGCGUUAAAUGAUGUAAGUACUCAACACAUUUUUCUUUGGGCUAUGCUAGAAGUUGAACAGGAACUAAUCUUGCAGAUAUACAUUCAAUUUGAAAAGAAGUCAAGUCAAGAAACGACUAAACCUGAUGAAGAGCGACAUACACGUCAAUUACUGCUAGAUCUCAAGCAUGCAAUGGAGACGAAAGGCGCAGAGCUCAUAGAAAGCAAAAGAAAAGAGUUGUUGAAGGAAAUGGCAUAA